AUGGCUAGUUUAGCCCAAAUUAACGUAAAUAGGUCGCGACCAUCUCAGGACUUAGUCUCCAAGAUAAGCGAGAAAUUGAGUCUGGGGCUUGUCGCGAUCUCGGAGCCCAAUUGUGUCCCGGAUAAUGAUCGGUGGCUGGCUUCUAAUGACAGUCCUCCCUCCGCUGCCAUCACAUGGCAAUGGAGCCAAUCGAGGGUGCCGUGCUCUCCUCGAUGGAGAGGUACGAGAUUCGUGGCGAUGGACUGGGGAGAGAUGAUUGUCGUCUCGUGUUAUUUCCCCCCUAGCCUCAGUGACGGAAAAUUUUCCCGGGACCUCUAUGAACUCGAAAAUAAACUGCUGGGGAUAGUAAACGAGGGUCCGAGACCAACAUGUGUACACCCACGAGAUGUCUCGUGUGUUGACCUCACGCUAGCAUCACCUUCCGCGGCGAGAAGAAUCAUCUCUUGGAGAGUAGAAUCUGGUCUGGAGUCCCUCUCAGAUCACAGAUACGUGAUCACAGAGGUGGGGGCAUUCCUGACUGGACCUGCUGUAGGGAAAACGGCCCUUAAAGCCUUUCCUAGGUGGGUUGUUGGCAGGGUCGACCCGGAUCUAAUGGAGGCUGCGGCUGUCCUUUCGGCUUGGAGUGGCAGCCUUGAGGAGUCUACCAAAAGACCAUUAACCUACUGGUGGAACCAGGAGAUUGCUGGGCUCCGUCGCAAUUGCAAUACGUGCAGAAGAAGACUAACGCGGGCGCAUGCGAGAAGGGAGACUCUCCCUGCUGAGAUUCAGGGUCUCUGGGACGAACUGCGCGAGGCGAGACGUAGGCUUAGGAAGGCGAUAAUCCGCUCUAAAGCUAAGUUAUGGGGCGAGCUAGUUGAUGACUUAGAUAGGGAUCCCUGGGGAAUACUCUACCGAGUAGCCUUAAAAAAGCUACAUUCUGGCGGCGCCUCUUUGGUGGAGGUGCUUCCCACUGAGACUGCGGGGGAUAUCGUCGUGGCCUUGUUUCCUAUGGAUCCUACUCCACAGGAUAUCGGGAUAUCGUUUACUUGGCGGGAGGACCUCGUUGUUACUCCGGCUGAGAUUUUAGAGGCCGGAGCUAAAGUCAAAUCUGGCAAGGCUCCUGGCCCGGAUAGAAUCACAGGAUGCAUUACCAAGAUCCGAAGGCUGCAGGCUUUCUUGGACGAAUUCGAGGGAAUCGCGGAAGGACAAUAUGGCUUCCGGUGUCAUCGCUCCAUAAUUGCGGUAUGGAGCCUUAGGGAACGUGUCGGUGAGGGCUUACGGGAUGGGGGCGUCGCUGUCGCUGUGUCACUGGACAUUGAGAAUGCAUUCAACUCCCUCCCGUGGUCUGUUAUUAGGAGCGCUCUGGAAGAAAAGGACAUACCGGGUGCCUCUAGUGCAUCCUUUGCAAUUAUUUGUCGGAUCGAGGUCUGUCCUAUGUGGACCGGAGGGACUGUUUGGAUGCUCGGUCCUUUGCUUUGCGGACGAUACGCUCAUGGUCGCCUGUGCCGGGACCUUCGAGAAGGCGCGCGUCAGAGCUGA